AUGAUUGCAUGCGUCAUUUAUUUUGCUAUCUUACAUCUAGUUUACAGUCAAGAUAUUUGCAAUUCUGUUAAUUGUGGUUCGGGCGCUUGUAUAUUAACACAAAAUCCUUCAUUACCAUAUUAUUGUCGAUGUUCAAGUGGUGCCAAUACGAUGUUGCCAUGUCCAUUCGAAAGUCCAUGUGCAAGAAAUCCUUGUGGACUAGGUGAAUGUGAAAUAGUGCCAAGUUUAAUUCAUGGAUAUCUUUGUCGAUGUCCUGGAAAUGUCAUUUCAUUAGCACAUUGCAAUGCUACUCGUAGUGGUUGCUAUUCAAAUCCUUGCAUCAAUGGUAUAUGUAUUGAAGGUUUAGCAAGUUUCUAUUGUAGUUGUUUACCGACAUGGACUGGAAAGUUAUGCAGCGAUAAAAUCGUAUCGGCUUGCUCGAAGAAUCCAUGUAGUCCAGGCAAAUGUUUUCAACUUGAUGAUCGAAAUAUACCCUUUGUUUGUUUAUGUCCUAAUGGGCAGUUUGGAACAUCUUGUUAUGCUUAUGGAUAUCCGUCGUCUACAGCCCGAAUGCUAACAAGUACAACCUCGACUGUUCGAUCACCCAAUGCAUGUAAUCCAUUGAAUUCUGAAUCUUGUUUUCAUGGUGGAAAAUGUUUGCAAACUACGCAUGGCCAUCGAUGUAUUUGUAAGACAGGUUUUACUGGCAGUUUUUGUGAACUCAAUAUUAAUGAAUGUGAAUCGAAUCCUUGCAUAAAUGACGGAAUAUGUUAUGAUCUUGAAUCAUCUUAUGUGUGCUACUGUCCAGAUGGCGUUUUUCGUCCGCAAUGUUUACCGCGAACUAAUAUUUUUUCAGUUGCUUCAAGUACUGCUCGAGGAUUGAUAUGUUCAUGUCAAAAUGGUGGCAAAUGCGGAUUGCAUGGUUCCGAGAAAUGUACAUGUCUCAAUGGUUUUACUGGUCGAUUUUGUGAAAAUUUAUCAAGUAAGUAUAAUACCUUUAGCUGUUUUUUCUAUUUAAAUAAAUCCUGUGAACAAAACGAUGCUAUUUGUUGUUCUUCUUCUUCUUCUCCUUCUAUGAUUAUCACAGCAAUCGGUGAUUGUAGUCGAAUUCAAUGCUCUAAUGGUGGUACUUGUCAUGAUAAUCCAUCGGAUUUAACGUCUUCACCUUCUUGCACAUGCAAAAGUGGAUACACAGGAAAAUAUUGUGAAACAGCUUCUGGCCCAAAUCCAUAUGGAAUGUUAGUAACUCGAACUUGCCCAUCAUCACUUCGAUUCAACACCCAAGCUGAUCGAUGUGAUUAUGCACAAAAUGUGCAAUGUUUUGAUCCUCAAAUAUAA